CACCGGCCUAACUUUGAGUUUAACAAAGUCAUCGUAGCAAACUCCUAAACAAAGUCACCCUAAUGAAAAAAAAAAUUAGGCAACAUGAAGUCCCAUUUACUUCCAUUAGUUUAUUACUCGUUAUCCAACCACUAAAUGUCUUGAUGACUAACAAGAAUAUUCCAAACUUAAUCAUGUUUCUGAUUCAAACAACAUGUUUGACAAUAAGGACCUUCACAUUGAACGACUAUAAAUGAGCUAGAAACAUUGGUCAUAAGUUUAUUAGUAUCUCAUCUUAUGCUUAAAUCGUCUCAGUCAACGUUGAUCAUCAUAAGCUCCACCUUAGGAAAAACAUUGAUUUUGACUUCACAAACUUUAUAUUCAAUUGCCUAAAAUCUUCCAUCAAGAACAGAUUAAACAUUACUAGGUAACACUAGCAUUUGCAUCAAUUCCACAAUGCUCAGUCCACCACGUAACUCAUUGCCAAGAUAUUCGACAAAAAUAUCAUUUGAUUAUGUUUCGAACUUGAUUGUUUUCGUGAAAUGAAUUUACCCGAAACUUGAGAAAACCAUAUUAAGCUCCACUGUCAAAAACCCCAACACGAGCGGAUUAGAGGGCAUGCCAAUUAGUGGAAAAAAUCCAAAAGUCCCACUGUUUUAAAAAAAAUUCCAAAAAUACCAUCUUUUUUCAAAAACCGCCACCCCACCCUGCGGUUUACAUGAAAACCGCUGGGCGGGGCGCGGUUUUCUAUGCAAACCGCUGGGCUAAAUGGCGGUUAUAAAAACCGCUGGGUGGGGCGGCGGUUUUGGGCCAAACCGCCACCCCACCCAGCGGUUUGGUCCAAAAAAAAAAAUUCCGAUCAACUCCUAACUUCGGCCGAAACUUCAAACGAACGUAACUUUGCACUCGGGUAUCCGAUCGUAUCGAUUUUUUUUUAAUCCGAAUAACUUUUCGAGAUCUUGCAAGCCACAAACAGCCGUAGGCGGUUUGGUCCCGCCUUCGUCUCGAAAAAACGUAAUUUGCCUUUUUUUUAUUUUGUCAAACUUUGGGCGGCCUUAACUUUGUGCUCCAAAAUCCGAACAUCAUGAAUUUUUUUUUAUUCCGCAUAACUUUUCAAGAUCUACAACUUUUAGGAUAAUCAUAAUUUCGAAAUGUACAUAGAUUUGUGAAAAGUAAAGGUAAAGUUAUUCCCAAGGUCCCGUAUAUCCAUAACUAAUUCCUGUUUUGAAAAUUUCAUCCUAGUAAAAGUUGUAGAUCUCGAAAAGUUAUUCGGAUUAAAAAAAAUCGCUACGAUCGGAUACCCGAGUGCAAAGUUACGUUCGAUUGAAGUUUCGGCCGAAGUUAGGAGUUGAUCGGAAAAAAAAAAUUGGACCAAACCGCUGGGUGGGGUGGUGGUUUGGCCCAAAACCGCCGCCCCACCCAUCGGUUUUUAUAGGUUUUUAUAACCGCCCCUUAGUCCAGCGGUUUGCAUAGAAACCGCACCCUCGCUCAACGGUUUUCGUGUAAACCGCAGGGUGGGGUGGCAGUUUUUGAAAAAUGGUGGUAUUUUUGGAAUUUUUUGGGGUUGGGUGGUAUUUUUGGAAUUCUUUUUUUAAACAGUGGUAUUUCUGGAAAAAGUCCUCAAUUAGUAGGAGCAAGAACAACAGAAAGGCGAUUGUUGUUGCAUGCAUAUCUACUCGUUAGAGACCAAUCUUUCAUUCUACAGAGGAGAAUUUCACUCGUUUUCAUAAGGGUGUCAAUUCAAUAAUUUAAACCUAAACCACGAUGAAUGUUCGCAUCCUCACAUUAACCCUUGGUGAUUGUAUGUCGUCAAUCGUUGGCAAUUCAGGUUUGAUCACAGGUGGGUUAAUUAUGAGAACUGUGAAGAAAUCAUCAAGAGAGAAUGGCAAAAAGGGGGCAAAUCACCACUCGAACCUUGCCAAUUGCAGCAGAGAUCUUAUUUCCUGGAGCAGAACCAAUGUGAACAAUGCUGCGAUUAGGAUCAAAGUUAUUGAAGAAAGGCUGAGAACUAUCAUGGAACUGACUCGUGACCCUAUCUAUGAGGAAGAAGAGAUAACCCUGAAGCUGGAACUCAAUAAACUUUGGUUGGAGGAAGAAAUUUUCUGGAGACAACGUUCCAAUGUCCAUUGGCUCCAAGGAGGAGAUCAGAAUUCGAGGCCUCAGGAAUACUGUGGUUAAGCUCAUGGAUGAUGGUAAUAAUUGAAUUGAAAACCA